UGUUCACAAACAAUGUCACAGAAAUUACAAAUUCAAACUCAUCAAACCUGAACUUGUUCUCAUGCCUCAAGUCCGAUGAAAUGGCUACACAUUGGGAACAAGUUGGCUAUAGCUGCAGCAAGAAAGAACACUUGUUAGACCAUCUAUAUAUAAAUUGUGGUGGUGAAUCAAUGCCAAUCAAUGGAACUAAUUAUGAAGGUGAUCUGAGUUCAAAUGGAAGUUCGACUUUCUUUCUGAGUAGCAGUUCAAGUUGGGGUUUUAGUAGUAUGGGAACUUACCUAUUAUCAAGACCCUGGAUUGACACAUACAUAAUCAACAAUACAUGCAUUGCUGGUGUUGAUGAUGGACCUCUUUACAGUACAGCACGUGUAUCCCCAAUCUCCUUGAAGUAUUAUGGAUUUUGUUUAAGAAAUGAUAGAUACACUGUGAAACUUCACUUUGCUGAAUUAGUUAGCGAUGACUACAAAGCCCCAUAUAUCAACAAAUCUGGCCGUGUUUUUGAUGUGGAUAUCCAGGGGAAGAAUGUACUGAAAAGUUUCAACAUAGAAAAUAAAGCAGGGGGUGUAAAUAAGGCUUACACUGUGGAAAUAGAAAAUAUUAUAGUUAACAAUAGUCGACUGGAGAUUCACUUAUAUUGGUCAGGGAAGGGUUCAUCGGAAGUCCCGACAGAUCACUAUGGUCCCCUUAUAUCUGCAAUUUCUGUAUAUCCUUCUAUAGAGAGUGGUAUGCCUCCUCCACAGAUGGCUGCAAUCUCAUUAUCUGCCUUACUUCUGCUGAUAGUGUUGAUAGUUUAUUUAUGGAAAAUGGAAGACAAAUUGCAUGAAGGACUGGUUGAGUUGUAUCCUGGGGGACUUUACAACUUCCAAAAACUAAAAGCUGCUGCAAAGAAUUUCAAGGACAAACUUGGUGAGGGUGGCUUUGGAACUUUCUAUGAGGCUACACUUGGCAACGGAACUGUCGUUGCAGUUGAAAAGGUUUCAGCAACAAAAGAUAUAAUUCGGGCAUUUAGGGAGAAGGAUUCUACAAUUUCUCUCAUGGAACAUCCGAACCUUGUAAAGUUAAUAGGAUGCAUUGCAGAGAAGAACCAACUGUUGCUUGUUUAUGAAGAUAUAGGUCGUAAUUCUCUCCAAAACGCACUUUUUGGUUCAAACAGGUUGAAAUUAGAUUGGCCAACAAGGCGCAACAUUUGCCUUGGCAUAGCAGAAGGUCUAGCUUUUCUUCACGAGUGCAAGCAGAAAAUUGUCCAUGGAAAUAUCAAACCAACCAGCAUUUUUCUUGACGAACAUCUCAAUGCAAAGAUAUCUGACUUUGGAUUUUCCACACUCCAUGACCAAGGAAAGUCGCGGUUGGAAGGAACAGUGGUAUACAUGGCGCCUGAAUACGCGAAAUAUGACCUCUUAACAACAAAGGCAGACGUGUAUAGCUUCGGAGUUCUUGUGCUCAUAGUUGUCAGUGGAAUGAAAGAAAAGACUUCAAUGUCUAGCAGUGGGGUUGACACCGAGUACCUUCCAGAUGUGGCAGCACGCGAAAAGCAUAGAGAAGGGCAUUUUAUGAAUCUAGUUGACAGAAACAUGUCUAAUACCGUCGAUUGGGAACAGGUAGAUACAAUGUUAGAAUUAGCAAUGUUGUGCUUGGACCAGUAUCCAGAUCAAAGACCGACCAUGACUCAAGUUGUGAAGGUUCUAAAGGAAGAACUUGAAUUGAAGGAUCUAAAGGAAAGACUAAAGCAGCUUACUUCUGGCAGAUAUCGGCCUGAACCAUAUGGUGAGAUUUCCACAGUUGAAGACACAACUUGGCAUUCAAAAUCAGGGAGCACUUCAAGGGGUGGAGUGAUAGACACCCAAAUCUCUGCUUCUCCCAGCACCAGCAGCACUGUUUGAAGAAAUACCAAUCUAUGCUAGUUCCGAGUUCUGCUGAAAUGAGUGGUUUUCCGAAUUGAAUUAAGUUCGCUUUCUGAAGUUUACAAGUGAUGGUGCUAAUUAAUGUCCCUUAUCUGAAAAUGGUCAUAAAAGAAUUUCAGAGGGCAGCAUGUACAAGCUGCCAAAGGAAUUAAGUUAGCCCUCUGAAAUUCUUUUAGGACCAUUUUUCGGAUAAGGGAACUUUAUAGCAUCAUCACUUGUGAGCUUCAGAAUAUAUAUAUAUGCAGUAGUGCUUUCCUGUUUCAGUAAUGUUUGUCUCUCCUCUCCUGCUAGUAGUGGUGUAUUAUGUUUGCUUUUGUGAAAUAGUUUAUAGUUGUGCUAUAUGGCAUGCAUGUACAGUGCUAUUAUUAAUAUUUCAACUUUGUAAAUUGUUUUUGUGAUA